AUGGAUGACUCUAAUACAGCACUGCCGGAGAUUAUUCCACAAAUGAAUAUCCCAUGUGAGAUGAAUUUUUGGUCCUCUCGAAUCCUCCUAAUGUCGGCCCAGCAUCUAGUACUCGAGAUGACGUUGACAAUGCGGAAGAAACGAAUUGUCUCGAAUUUGCAUACGCGGUCGAAAAAGCCUCCGUUUCGACUUGCGUUCAGUCAUGCAUCACGUCGCGGAUCGCCUUCGCGUCGUGUCGCAUCACGUCGUAUCGCGUCGUAUCUCGUCGCGUUGCAUCGCGCUCCAACACACAACUCAUCGCGGGCGGCGAUUCUUGCACGUUCCUGCGACGUCUUUGCAGCCGCUAGGAAACAUCUGGUUAGUGGUCGUUGUCGAGCCGAUUUUUCAACAUCCCGCUGA